GCCCCACGCGGGGCAGGCUCACAUUGUACCCAGGGCUGGGGGGGGGGGUAACGCCACGCAGCGCAACGCGCGUGGGCCGGCAGCUCCAGCGAUCCGCCCGGCUUGUGGCAGCGCUGUGAAAGGCUUUGGGACACCGGGAGGCUGAGGAGAGAAACGGUACCUUCAGAACCUGUAUGGAGUAACUCAGCUGCAGAGCAGCAAAUCCAACUCCCGACUUGCAAAUACAACUGUGCCUCUUGCACGCACAGCAAGUUUCCUACAGGCAGUAGAUCUGUCAUCAUGUCAGUCAGCGUCCACGAGAACCGCAAAUCCCGGACAAGCACAGGCUCCAUGAACAUCCUGCUUUUCCACAAAGCUUCCCACCCAGACUGCGUCUUAUCCCACCUGAACACCCUCCGGAAGCACUGCAUGUUCACUGAUGUCACCCUUUGGGCAGGAAACAGGUCAUUCCCAUGUCACCGCGCGGUGCUGGCUGCUUCCAGCAGGUACUUCGAAGCCAUGUUCAGCAAUGGCCUCCGGGAGAGCCUGGAUGAUGAGGUGAAUUUCCAUGACAGCCUCCAUCCAGAGGUGCUGGAGCUGCUGCUGGACUUUGCUUAUUCCUCUCGGAUCAUCAUUAAUGAGGAAAAUGCAGAGUCCCUCCUGGAGGCUGGAGACAUGUUACAGUUCCACGAUGUCCGAGAUGCGGCAGCUGAGUUCCUGGAGAAGAACCUCUACCCUUCCAACUGCCUGGGCAUGAUGCUGCUCUCAGAUGCCCAUCAGUGCCGGCGGCUCUACGAGCUCUCCUGGAGGAUGUGCCUGGUCAACUUUGAGACUGUUCACAAGAGCGAGGACUUCAACAACCUUUCCAAGGACACUCUGUUGGACUUAAUCUCCAGUGACGAGUUGGAGAUUGAGGACGAGGAAAAGGUCUUUAAGGCCGUCCUUCAGUGGGUGAAGUAUGAUUUGGAUGAACGGAAGGCCUAUCUCCCAGAGCUUCUGAGGAAUGUCCGCUUGGCCCUGCUUCCUUCUGAAUGCCUCAAGGAAGCUUUGGCUUGUGAGGACCUGAUCAUGGUGGAUGAAAGGAACAAGCUUGUCCUGGACGAAGCUAUUCAGUGCAAGAAGAAGAUUCUCCAGAAUGAUGGGAUUGUCACCAGUCCUUGUGCCAGGCCUCGCAAAGCCGGGCACACCUUGCUAAUCCUGGGAGGACAGACCUUCAUGUGUGACAAGAUCUACCAAGUGGAUCAAAAAGCAAAGGAAAUUAUCCCCAAAGCAGACCUGCCGAGCCCACGGAAAGAGUUCAGUGCCUGUGCCAUUGGCUGCAAAGUGUACAUCACUGGUGGCAGGGGCUCAGAGAACGGGGUCUCCAAAGAUGUGUGGGUUUAUGAUACUGUACAUGAGGAAUGGUCAAAAGCUGCCCCCAUGUUGAUAGCACGGUUUGGGCAUGGCUCAGCUGAGCUGGAAAACUGCCUGUAUGUGGUUGGUGGACACACUGCUGUGGCCGGGGUCUUCCCCGCAUCACCUUCUGUUUCCUUGAAGCAAGUAGAGAAGUAUGAUCCUGCAUCCAACAAAUGGAUGAUGGUGGCUCCUUUGAGAGAUGGUGUGAGCAAUGCUGCAGUGGUAAGCGCCAGGCUGAAACUUUUUGUCUUCGGUGGAACCAGCAUCCACCGGGACAUGGUGUCCAAAGUGCAGUGCUACGAUCCAGUGGAGAAUCGGUGGACGAUCAAAGCAGAAUGCCCACAGCCCUGGCGCUACACUGCAGCCGCAGUGCUGGGCAGCCAGAUUUUCAUCAUGGGGGGAGAUACAGAGUUCACAGCAGCAUCUGCCUAUCGCUUUGACUGCGAGACAGACCAGUGGACACGCAUUGGGGACAUGACAGCCAAGCGCAUGUCGUGCCACGCUUUGGCCUCAGGAAAUAAACUCUAUGUGGUGGGUGGUUACUUUGGGACUCAGAGGUGCAAAACGCUGGACUGCUACGAUCCUACAUCAGACACGUGGAACUGUAUCACAACGGUGCCUUAUUCACUCAUCCCUACAGCUUUUGUCAGCACCUGGAAGCACUUGCCAUCAUGAGAGGUGGGGCUCGAGGGCUUGUUUUCAGGAGCUCAGUAAGAUGCCGGUGUCACAUCCAUGUCCCCUGCCUUGCUGCUGGAGCUGAUACAACCACUGAAUCCCCUCCUGUUCCCCACACAGGGUGCCAAGGAGCCUCUUGCAUCCUUUCCAGCACCACGGAGGCACAAAGGACCAUCUGGCUGGUGGAUACCGGUGGCCCGAUGUGAGCAGGAAGAUGAAGGAUGUACACCAGGCUGCAUCCCUCAGAGUUACUUCACAGGAUGGGAGGGUGGGAUAAGAGAUAUUACUAUUUUUUUUAUAGCAGUGAGCUUGCUGUUUGCAAUGCCUGCUGUCUGGGUUGAUGUGGAAGCGUUUUUAUAGGGAAAAGGGGGCUGGGGAAGUGGGGGAAAGGGAAGGGCUGAGCCCAGAACUCAGCACCUGGUUCUCCAGCCGCAGCAUGGAGACUGCAGCUGCUGAAAUAUUGGAGCGUGGGAGCUAUGCACAGCUGCCAGCAGCAUCCAGAGCCUCGGUGGGACGGGGCAGGUGCCUUUGGUUUUGCACUGUGAAUCUUUUUUGGUGUUUUCCCUCCUUCCCGGUGCUGGGCCUGAGGCCAGGCUGCUCCCCGCACACAGCUGCCAGGCCACGUGCUGCCAAAACGCCAUCACUGCGGUGAGAUGCUUCACCAGAUAAAAAACUUCUGCCUGUUCAGAGCAGGGCUUCUGCUUCCCCCCCCGUGUGCUCUCCCAGCAGCGUGUGGGUGAGGGUGUAAUUAGCAAACGAGCAGGAACACAGGCCUCACUGCGCGGCGGGGCCUAGUCGGGCCUGCAGAGCAAGCAAGGCCUCUUGCCUCCUUUCCCGCAAAGCAAGGCCAAAGGGAAGAGGCAGCACAGGGCUGGCAUGAGGUUGGGCCUCAGUGCCCCACAUUUAAGUGAUCUCUGCACUCAGGCUACAUUUAGGGUCACACAGAGCUGCCAGCUCCUGGCUGGCCUGGUUCAUCCUGCUGCAGGCACCCCUGCCCUUCUCCCUGUGUGGGGCCAGCUGGGUGAUGCAAUGUGCUGCAAGCCCUCACCAUUGCUUCCAAAAACGAAGGACUUUUAGGGGCAGCAAGUGCCCUUUGCUGCUGGGAGGAGAACACUUUGUGCACAGCCCUUCUGCAGCACUCUCAAUGACACUUAUUCACAUUUGGUAGGGUUUUUGUUGUUGCUGUUUCUUCUCUUCAGCUGCCUGCAAACUUUAAUAAAAAUGAUGAUCUGGGAAACCA